AUGGCUGGAUCCGUGGGUGAGGCACUGGCAGAGCGAGACGACAUCCACAAGACGUAUGCUGGGGAACCCCCUUCGGACAGGACGAUGUUUGUGGUUAUAUCGUUGUUUUUCACGAUGAUACUAUCGUUGCUGCUGGGGGCACGGUUCGACAGACUGCGAAAGAGUGCUAUGGUGUCGCGCAAUAUCACUUCGAUGAUUGUACUUGUCCUGUACUCUCUCGUCUUUGCAUUCAUCUUCGCUUCAGCCAUCAUGAUUGCAGGCCAAGGCUUGUUUAACCACAGUCUUUGUUUCUCGGCGACAUGGAUCUGUUUGAUCCUCUACACUGCAUGCAAGGGCACAAUCUAUAUCUUCAUCGUUGAGCGAGUUCACGUCGUCCGCGCUCCAUUUGUCCGCCGAAGCCGCGACUGGCUGUACUCGGGAUGCAUGGUUAUGGUCAUCGCAUCAUUCCUUGGAGUUGCGAUCAACGCUUAUCUCCAUCCCAUCCACGAGAUGCAAGUCGAUGGGCGCUGCCAUAUGGGAAUUCCCGGGCAAGCCUCGAUUCCUUUCAUGGUUAUCGACAUUAGCGUCAACGCUGCACUGACUGUUGUGUUCUUCUACCUGCUCCGACCAGUCGUCAAGCUUCAUGGAUUGAACACGAUCUCCGGUGUUUUCGGAAAGAACACUUUGAAAAACCCAAAUACACCACAAGCGAAGAAGGAAACUGCAGUGCAGCGCAACAUCAGGAUCCUGCUGUGGAAGAGUUUGAUCGGAAGCAUGCUCAUUAUGCUGCCUACCAUCGCCAAUAUGGUUCAGUUCUACAUCACCGGCGGACGGGAGCUGGCGUUGAUCUGUCUGGCGCUGUGUGUUGCAGAUGUCGGUUGGGACGCGGUUGUUAUUCACUGGCUUACCUUCGGGUCCGCGGAGUCGGAGAAGGAGCUCACUCGCUCAACACAAGAGUCCAUGCAUUCCAUGCAUGUAUCCACACCUGGCUCUUUGCGCCCCAAGGAAUCACAAGAGGCUAUAAUCCCGCCGCUGCAUGAGUGGAGGGUUAACCCAGUAGACGAGAAGCACGAAGCUAGGGACGUCAUCAUUGCGUCAAAGACGCCUUGA